CAUUGUUUGUGACGAUUGACAGAAUAUAUCACCUCAAUAUCUUCAGAUACUACCAAUACCUUGUUUUAUUUUCACAAAACAAGUUGCCAUGAGGCAGAGAAAAAGCCAUUCUGAUCGUAUUAUGAGGAUAUUGCUGGUAUGCAUUGCAGCAUUUGCAUUCUUUGUCAGAGUCUGCAAUGCAGAUGAGUUGUCAGAACCCGAAAACGCGGUCAGGCUUACUGUUGGAUUCAAUCAUGAGAAGGUUUAUCGACGUGCAUUGUUGCAGAGUAGUGGAAUCAGAGAAGAUGUGGAUGCAUUAUCUCCUGCUGACAGCUUGGUGGAUCAUCACAGGAAGCCGAAGAACUGGACAUUUGUUAGAUGGUUACCGUUAUUUGUAGGCCUGGCCUUUUUCUUUCUACUCGCGUAUUAUGGUAACAAAAAGGCCAUUCAGACCAUGAAAGAUAAGGAGAUUCUGAAGAUCCUGACGCAGUCUCCAGUGCCUCCUCCAAGUUUUCCGCCUAUGAAAGAUGUGGAAGAAGUGAAGCCUGUUAAAGAAAAUCCGACAGAUCUCUGUUUCUUUGUUGAGGAGGAAGAGAGGUUUAAAAUGUCGGAUCUUCUUGAAGCACAAGCCAAUUUGCAAGGCCACGGGCUCUGCAGCAGCCUCUAUAAGGUUACGCUCAAGAACAAUGCAGUCUUUGCAGUCAAGAGACUGAAGCAAUCACCUAUCUCAUUCGACGAGUACUGCAGUGUCAUGGGAAGGAUAGGGAAGUUACGACAUCCAAACAUACUUCCUCUCGUGGCCUAUGGCUUCACGGUUGAGGCAAGGCUUCUCAUUUACAAGUUUCAACACAAGGGGAGCCUCCUUUCGGUGCUGGAAAGGUAUAACGAGGGCAAGAAGGAUUUUCCAUGGACAACUAGGCUGUCCAUAGCUGUAGGCAUCGCGAGGGGCCUGAACUACAUUUACCAAAGCGGUGAAGAUCAAGAAGUUAUUCCACACGGUAACAUCAAACUCUCCAAUAUUAUGCUAAACGACGACGAGCUGCCACUUAUAAGUGAAUACGGUUACACAAAACUCAUGGACCCGAAGAAAUCCUGCCUCAUCAAUGCCAAUGGACACACAGCACCCGAAAAGACCUUAUCCGAACAAAGUGAUGUGUUCAGCUUCGGGGUGAUUCUGCUGGAGCUUCUAACCGGAAAAAUAGUUGAGAAGAGUGGAGUAGACCUUCCAAAAUGGGUGAGGGCCAUGGUGAGGGAGGAAUGGACAGGAGAGGUCUUCGACAAGGAGAUUGCUAAAAUCGCGAAGCACGCCUUCCCUUUGCUCAACAUUGCUCUGAAAUGUGUGGCUCAUCUUCCUCAAGACAGGCCAACCAUUGCAGAAGUUGUUGAGAAAAUUGAAGAGGUUGCAAAUCAGCAUGAUGAUCUCUCCCCUGCUUCAACUACUUCUAUCGAAUCGAAUCCGCAAUGUCUACUUCACUCUGUGGUGCCGGAAGAAUGGGAUACUCCUGGAUCAUCCUGCUGAAGUUUUGCACAAGUUCUGUCAUGAUUUAUCAGAGUCUCUUUCUUUUUGCACUUAGUAGUAGCUAGGAACAGCCUAAAUGAACAAGUAUCAAGAAAUAAAUUUGUAGUAGUAUAUGACAUUUGAGCUUUUAAAUCCUAUUUAGAUGCAAA